UAUCCAGUAGACAUCGUGUUGGCGUCCGAUGUUGACGCAGUUUGAUUAAAAUUAUUGUUUAUAAGUUGUGAUAAUUGGAUUGUAUCGUUCUGCAGAUCAUGACUUAGCUGCCAAAUAUGGAGGAAAAAACUGUUAAUGUCGCUGACGCCCAAACUGGGGCUUCAGCUGAAGUUAACAUUAAAGAUACGUCCAGUGUAGUGGUAGUCGAUAUAAAAAUAGAAAAUGAGAUACUAAAAGAAGAAACUCAAAAUGAAAGUGGUGUUUUAGUUGAAGUGUUUGAAGACAAAGACUCAGUUUCUAAAGAGAACUCUUUCAUUGAGAAUGGUUUGUGUGAAACAAUAGACGAUGCACGAUCGUUAGGUGACCUAGAUAGUUUAGCGGCAGGAGACGAAUUAGUGCUUGGGGCAGCGGGCAGUGACAGCGGAGUAGAAGGAUGCGGCCGAGCGUUGAGCAGUGGCGGAGGAUCUCGGUCUUGUGCAUCAAGUGUAGUUUCCUGCGGCUCAGGUUGUGGUUCAGAGAGUUCUUCGGUCGCAGGGGCACCUCCAAGACCAAGAAAACGUGUCAACGUAACAGUCUCAGAGCCAAAGAGAAGUUCACCGAUUACAUCUACCCCUCGCCCGACAACGGCUCCUAGAGGACCAAAUCUAGCCACUCGUGAUCGUGCCCGAAGCAGAGAGAAACCGAUACUACCCGAGAAACCUCGGCCCUUGACUCCAAAGCCUAAAAUUAGACCGACUACAGAUCUUCCGAAUCUUGUCAGAGAGAGCCCCGCGUUACGUGCCAAACAAACCAAAACUUCCGCCGCUAGAUGUAGAACGCCAAAUUCACCUCAGACUGAAGAAAAGAAAUGGCCAACAAAUGGCCAGAGGCUGACCACUGAUGCAGGAGCCACUCGUGUGGCGGCUGAUAAAUAUGGAACCUUGCCGAGAAGGAGAAGGGACGAUCAAGAGAUGUCGCCGAAACAUGACAGUAGCCCACCCUUAUCUAGACGUCCCACUGUCACGCGUUCAGCGUCCUCGAGAACAGCUACAAAGACGCGAGUAAAAAUAUACGCUGAAAAGACAUCGCAAACUGUUUUGUUGGGUUCUGAUAUUGAAUCCGCUUUUGGAGGCGUCGUUCCCAAUAUUGAAAGUAGAAUAGAAGUAAAUCGUUGUCAUCGUGGAGUGCAAGCAAGUGCAAGAGACACGGAGACACCACGACUUGCAGCAGCCAAGGCUGCAGCAGAGGCCGCUGCUGCCGAGGAAAGGGAGCGCAGGUUACACGCAGAAGCCCAGUUGGCUGCCGAACGGACUGCAAGAUUGGCUGCCAUCGCAGAGCUUGAAAGAAAUUCACUGCGGCUUUUGGAACUGGCUGGCGCAGGCGCUGGCGCAGGCGCGGAUGGCUGUCUGCGAGCACUGGAAGAGCAAUUGCGAUCCGCAGAAGACCUAGCAACUCGGCAGCGAGCAGAAAACGACUCGUUGAGAGACCACUGUGACAAGUUACACGCAGAUGCGUGCAAAGCCCGUGAAAGGUCACGGGUCUUCGAAGCGCGUUUAACAGAAGCGGAGCGUGAAGCGGCGGAAAUGCAGGACUUCUUGGCCGCUGAGACUGGAGCUCUUGGGGACUCGCUGCUUGAUGCUGAGAAUGAGAUUGCCAGGCUCAACGCUGACCUUGAGAGAAGACGUGGUGAAUGCCGUCAAUUAGUGCGAAUGUGCGAACAACGUCGUCAAGAGGCGUUGGCCGCGUCCGCUCGCGCUCGUUUCGCAACGGGCGCAAGUGUGGGUGGUGCUCACGCCAGCGCGCACGCACUCGACGCACUCGCACGAAAACUACGCACGUUGACUGAUGCAGUGCGAGCGGCUUAUGCGUUGCCACAUCAUGCUAUACAGCCAACUGUUUUUCACAAUGAUGCGUACAGUCGUAGCGACAGCGGCGAUACACUGUCCCCUGAAGAGGAAUCCAGAGGUGGUCUCCUAGGAGCAGUGGUACGUGCACUGCGUACGGCAGCGGCGAGCGCGCCCGUACUUACGCACGCUGAUGAUGAUCGCUCAAGGAUAUCCGAUGAUAAUGAUUCAGCUGAGUUACUUGAUUCGGAAACGGAGCCCUGUUUGGUUACUGAUCCGGAAUGUGCAGAAGAGUGGUGGUCGGGCGCCUGGAGUGGUGAAGAAUUGUCUCCCGAACGAGAUUCUUUCGGGGACAUUGAUAAAGAUCCAGAAUCUAACUCCGGAUCUGAGCGCGAAUCGCUCCGGAAUCUAUCAGCGGCUAUUGCGCAAAGGCAGAGAACCGAAGCGGAAGCGGAAGAGGCGGCUCGGGGAUGUCUUUUGGACAAGGUGGUGUUAUUGGACCAAAGAUUGGCGGAACUGGUUCGAGCGCUCGCAUUGGCCGCCGCCGCCGCGAGGCAUAAGGACGCGCCCGCUGCUACGCUCGCUGAUACGCUCCGGUGCUCAGUACAUUCGCUACCUUACAGGGAGAAGUUGGAUGUGACUGAGAAAAACGUGGCAGACGUGGUCGUGAAGAAAUUAGCGGAACUCGAUGCCUCAAAACACAUGAUGGAGCAGUACAGACACUCCAUUGAAGCCCUGCUUGGCGAUCUCGAGUCAAGAAUAAAGAUGCGAGGUCCGAACCCAACCGUAACGUACACACACGCUUAUAGACGCACACUCACGUAUACGUUUACGUAUGCUCUCUUACACUUCGCUUUAUAGUAUUAUAUUUUAAUUAAAGGGUGUAAUUUGGUACACGUUUUGUUUUGUUCAAUCUUAUUGUUCAGAACUAUCUGGGUUUGACAUUUUCUACGGUUUAUUGAAUGAGUAUUGGUAUAAUUGUAUUUAUAUGAUGAUGUAAUUUGGUAUAUAUAUAUCAUAGUUGUAUUUUAUCAUUUCUAAUCAAUACUGAUUUUGGCAAAUAUACUUAUUACUUAGCUGUAAUCAUAUCGUCAAAUAACUAUGUUCUGUACGAAUUUUACGAUGGUCAAGUAAUAUUUUAAAAAUCGCUUUUAACAUACUUUUCUUAAAGGCGAUCUAUUUUCACUGUAACACACUAUUAGUUACAUAUACUUAUUAUGCUUUGGCUUUAUUUACGUUCUACAUACACAUACUCUUCGAAAGAAUGGCUUAUAUCCGCUUAGGAUAUUGCGAUAUAUAUUUUCUGUAGUGGGCCUUACAAUUAUAUACGUAUAAAUUAUGUAUUAUAAGCUUAUUAUAUGUGUAGCAUUAUAUAGAGAGCAUACAUAGCUGAUGGCGGUGACUCGCGACCUCGCACCGUUUGUAAAUUAUCCACGGAUUUAAAUGUACAUAGAAACCGACGCUUACGAAGAAAAGCUCGCAAGACUUUUUGCAUAGUUCUUUGGCAUUCGUAUAGCUUCGUUAC